UUCAAAUCAAAGGAAGUCGACUCGAGGAAAACGAAACGAAAUCCGAAAAUAACAAAGCGAGAUCUUGAUCUGGUCUAGUCUAGGCCUAAGGCCUAAGGUUGCCUGUAAAGCAGAAAGUACCGUAACGACAGUAUAAUUCAAAUCCUCUGUAUAUUUUAGAGCUUGAUUUUAGUAGAAUAGGCUGUGAAUCUGUGUGUCACUUCGGUAUUCUGUUCCAGACAGUCAAAGUCAAGCUCAGCCUAGCCAACAAGCGAAGUCUCUGGACAUAGACGUCAUAGAGGCUCUACCAUCACCAUUAUAAUCAUCAUGUCACUGGAAACUGUACCAAAAGACCUCCGGAAUUUGCGUGCUUGUUUGUUGUGUUCACUUGUAAAGACAUUUGAGCAGUUUGAGUUUGAUGGAUGCGAAAACUGUGAUGAGUAUCUUCACAUGAAGAACAACAGCGAUGCUGUCUAUGAAUGCACAAGUGCAAACUUUGAUGGUUUGAUAGCUAUGAUGAGUCCAGAAGACAGCUGGGUUGCUAAAUGGCAGAGAGUUGAGAGAUUUACUAAAGGCUGCUAUGCGGUGUCUGUGACAGGGGCUUUACCUCCUGGCAUCGUGAGAGAACUGAGAGCUAAAGGGAGAGCGUACAACCCGAGGGAUGUUAGCGAGAGAGUGUAGCUCAGAGUAUGGAAAGUAUUGUUAGCGAGACAGUUUUGCACUGAAUGAGGCUGAGCCUAAAUGAUUGGAGAGUUUGGAGUGAAUCUCUUGGAAAGACGCAGUACAGUACGCAUAUGUUAAAUUGAGGAUAAAAGGAUUUGGAUGAAAGUUUCAGAUGAAACUUUGCAGUAUGUGCUGAAUGUAAGAUAAAUGCUACACUUUUCUAUGUUUCUGGAAGUUUCCUUUGUGCAUUAAAAGUCCAU